GAGAGAGAGGCCGAGCUACCUGGUAACCUUGGACCUUGGACCUAGGACUGGACCUUGAACUCGACCUUGAACGACGUCGACGGCGACCACUUCUUCAUCUCAUUACCGUCUUCACUCUCCGUUCCUCUCGCAUCCUCCUCCUCUCGCAUCCUCCUCCUCCUCCUCCUCCUCCGCCUCCGCCUCCGACUUCUCCUCCUCCUCCUCCCUCCGCCUCGAGAGCCACCCGUGUGCCUGCGACGCAUCUCCGCAACGGCCGUGCAAAAGGCUAAAACGAUGCCCCUCACCAAGCACAAUCCAUCGCCGUCGUCGUCGUCUGGCCGCACUUCGGGCUCCGGUUUCCACCCAUUUGGUGGCCGUGUGAGUAGACAUUUCGGAGAUUCGCUUGCGCCAGACGAUGCCUACCUCAGCUACUACGACGUCCGCCUCACGCGCGAAGAUGUUGACUCCAUCAAGCACGACUGGCUCACCGACAACGCCAUCUCCUUCUGGCAAGAGUACCUCGAGCGCGAGAAGUUGACCCAUUACCCCAAAGCCGACAUCGUCCUCCUGCGCCCCACCAUGAGCUUCAUGCUGCAAAAGACCCAUGAUCCUCUCACGCUCAAGAGUGCUCUGCCCAAUUUCGAGAAAACCACACACGUCUUCCUCCCCAUCAACGACUGCCAAAACGCGGCCGUGGCCGAGGGCGGAUCGCAUUGGUCGCUCCUGCUCGUGUCCUGCAUCGAUGGCGUCGCCUUCCACUACGAUUCGCUCAACAGCUCCAACUACAACGAGGCCAGACUCGUCGCUUACAAAAUGUCGCAAUUGCUGGGCAAACCUCUCCGCUUCAUCAACUUGCAAGACUGCCCGCAGCAGGACAACGGCAUGGACUGUGGAGUGUACGUCUGCCUUCUGAUGCAGCACCUUCUCAUCUCGAAACUUCUGAGAGCACACGCGCAAGACAAGAUCAGCAUGAGCAUGCGCGGUAAAGAGGUCGAUGCUUCGGGUGGGAGGAAAGAGAUGAUACGAGUCAUUGAGGCGAGGAGGAAGGAGGGGGAAAGACGGCGAUCACGAAGUGGUAGUCCAGCCGGUAAACCUGGGACGAAGAGCAAAUCACCGCCUCGAAUCGGCGCCGAAAACGAGACGUAACGAGAAGGACAUGAUGACCAUGCUACGUGUGAACGAGACAAACUAUGUGCAUAUAUGGGCUUUGUGGGUCUGAUCUUUGAGCGGAGGUGUUCUGGUCAAUCAUGAUUGUGGGUUACAAACGUGCAUGUGAGCGAAGCGCGGCAUAUAUGAAAAGAGUCCAAGAAACCGAACAGAGUACCUAUGUAAGCCAUGACUGCUUCAGUAAUCUUCAUCCAUCCAUUAUCGAUGAGCACAUG